CUUAUGACCUAAGCAACAUACUCUGCACAUAAAACGUGUGGCAUCUAUAUACUGCAUUCAGGCAGAACUCUCGAUAGGCUACAAUCUACAAUCGAUUAUGCUCGACGCUAGAAAUAUUUGUUUAGGAAUGGCUGGUGGCGGAGAUAUUGAAAUUGACUAUGACGGCGAAGACAGUAAAGACACCUUUAGGGUGAAAGUAAUAUGUUUAGGCGACAGUGCCGUGGGAAAAUCAAAGUUGGUUGAGAGAUUUUUGUUGGACAAGUAUAAACCGCAUCAGCUCUCAACAUACGCACUGACGCUGUUUCGUUAUGAAACGAACGUAAACGAAGAGUCUGUUACAGUAGACUUCUGGGACACCGCUGGUCAAGAAAUGUUUCAGUCGUUACAUCCAUCAUACUACCAUCAAGCACAUGCGUGUAUUAUGGUAUUUGAUGCAACAAGAAAAAUAACAUACAAAAAUCUGGGUAAAUGGUAUGAGGAAUUACGCUACUACCGGCCACAAAUACCCGUACUUUGUGCAGCAAAUAAGAUCGACGCCAAUAUGGAAGUUACCCAGAGGUCGUUUGCUUUCUCUCAGAAAAAUAACUUGCCAUUGUACUAUGUGUCUGCUUCAGACGGGACCAAUGUUGUGAAGCUUUUCCGUGAUGCCAUACAUGGAGCUGUGCAGUACAAGAAGAACCCAACAGACAUCUCUGAUCAAAUACUGGAAGAGCUUGAAAGGCUGUGAAUGUAAUACUGUAAGGAAUCGUUUGUUGUACUGCUGUUGAACUAAAUUUGGAACAUAUUAAAUUUGCAUCAGGGUAAUUAAAUUUUAUUCUUCAAUUGUGCAC